GCCCGCGCCCGGCCCCCAGCCCCACGGCGGCUCUGGGGGCGCGGAACCGCCGGGGGGGCGCGGCGUGUACAUCCGCGAGUUCCGCGCGGCCGAGCAGGAGGCGGCGCGCCGUAUCUUCUACGACGGCAUCAUGGAGCGCAUCCCCAACACGGCCUUCCGCGGCCUGCGGCAGCACCCGCGCACGCAGCUGCUCUACGCCCUGCUGGCCGUGCUGUGUCUUGCGCUGACCCGCUCGCUGCUGCUGACGUGCCUGGUGCCGGCCGGGCUGCUGGGCCUGCGUUAUUACUACAGCCGGAAGGUGGUCCUCGCCUACCUGGACUGCGCUCUGCACACGGACAUGGCGGACAUCGAGCAGUACUACAUGAAGCCCCCUGGCUCCUGCUUCUGGGUGGCCGUGCUGGAUGGCAACGUGGUGGGUAUUGUGGCGGCGCGGGCCCACGAGGCAGACAACACGGUGGAGCUGCUGCGCAUGUCCGUGGACUCGCGUUUCCGUGGCAAGGGCAUCGCCAAGGCGCUGGGCCGCAAGGUGCUGGAGUUCGCUCUGGUCCACAACUACUCCGCAGUGGUGUUGGGCACGACGGCCGUCAAGGUGGCCGCACACAAGCUCUACGAGUCGCUGGGCUUCAGACACAUGGGCUCGAGUGACCACUAUGUGCUGCCCGGCAUGACCCUGUCGCUGGCCGAGCGCCUCUUCUUCCAGGUCCGCUACCACCGCUACCGCCUGCAGCUGCGCGAGGAGUGACCGCUGCCUGCCCGCCCGCCCACCUGCCGCCCUGGCCGCCCCGUCCGCCUGUGCCCGCCUGCCCACCACCCGGGCCCGCUUUCAGACGCUCACCUUGGCGUUUGUGUUGGGUUUUUCCUUUUCAACAUCACGCGGUUCUCUGGCUGGUUCUCCGGGGGGUGUGGGGCUGUUGCGCGUCUGUGACACUUCGGGCCUCGGUUGUUUGCCGCCGCGGCCCCUCGCCCUCCCCAGCCUGCUGGGGCUGCGUCCUGAAGAGUGACAGCAUGGACCACCACGUGCCCACGUGGCUGCUCGGCCUGCGCGCAGGGCCUCUCCCGGCCCACCACCACGGGGCAGGCCUAGCCCGGCCCACCAAGCACAGAACCUCUGCGGUGCGGCCCCUGCCCGGCAGACCCCUGGCCGCCGGCCAGGCUGUGGCUCGGCCGUCAGUCCCUGGGAGGCGUGGCCUGCUGGGCUGGCCGGCCAGUGCCCCGUGGGGCACCGAGCUGGCCACGGGCCCCGCUUUGCUCUGUGCAUGCUGAGGACAUGGCCUGGCUGCCGCAUGACCACAGCCUCCCGCCCCGCUGCCCUGUUCAGCCUGGGCCUGGACUGGUGAGCGCCCCCUGCCCCGCCUUCCAGCUAGCCACAGCCGCCCACCUGCUCUCUGGAGGGCUCGCCUGCCUCUCACCGCCCCUUGCUCCCCCAGCCCAGCUUUGCUUUGACACCAAGUCACAUUUCUUUCCUUUUGGUCCCUGCCCCUCCCCUGCCCUGGCUUUGCUGCCUGGCAUUGUCACCCAGGUGUGGUUCCCAUAGCAACCUGUUGCACAGCCUGGUCAGGGUCCUUCAGGAGAGCAGGGUGGGGAGGCAGUCAUGCGGUCGCCUGUCCCCAGGGCCAGCUAGAUUACGGUGGCCUUUCCCAGACCUCCCCAAGGACCGCUCUGCCUAACGGCUGAUGGGCUCUGCCCUGUGAAUCUUACUAAGCCAGGCCGCUGCCAACACCACUGAGCCCACAGCUUCUCCCAGCCUGAAACCGACCUAUUUUUUAAUAAGUUAUUUAGACAGAAUAGCACUCUGCAUGACUUUAAUUCUUGGGACAAAAUGGUAGUUUAUACCUUAAUACACACACACACACACACACCCCGGUGUGGUCUAGAAUAUGCACUAUUUUCUGGCCCAGUUUGGUGGGGGUGGGUGGCCAGGUGGGUGGAGGGUUUCAGAUUUUGAAAUCUGGAGGGAGACCCUGAUUUAGCAUUCUUCCCCUCAAAAGAGCAUUCCUGGUUUGUGAGGAGGCUCUGGGCUGCCCCUGUCCAGCCUUGACAUGUGGGACUGAGGUCAGGAUGGCAGCAAAUUCCCUGCUGCCUUUGGGAGGAGUGAGUGCUGUCCACCUUGGCCGGGGGCAGGGUGGCAGCCCGGCCGUGCUCCCAGCCUCUCCGUCUUGAGGUGGGAGGUGGAGGUCAGGUGUGGGGUGGCCUGGACGGGGGAGGGGUGGAGGAGGAGGAAAGGGAUCAUUGGCAGUGCCCAUGUGUCCAGCUUGUAAGCCUGGACCCGGCUGCGGUGGCAGGAGGGCCAUAAAUGCCCACCAAGGCCCCUUUAUUUCGGGAGCUGGGAGAGUGGGGGUGGCAGGCACAGUGGGCCAUGGAGCUGGGUCCCACGUAGGGGACACAGAGGGGACCUUAGAAAGGCUCUUCGGAAACUAGCAAAGCAAGUUUCCGUGCGAAGCGAGCCCCGUUUCCCGAGGGGCCUUUCGUGCUGUCAGCAAUCAAGAUAUUUGCAGAACAUUGUAUAGACCCCACUCUCCCCUGUACAUUUCUCCCUGGUGGCGUCCGGUCCCUGCUCGGGGAUGGGAGUUUUGUAGACUGUACAGAAAUCGGCACCCUAUUUUCUUGCAGCUCUCAGAUUUUGUUAAUCUGGAUUAUACAGAGAGACGUAAAGUGUUUUAGCAAAACGGAAAACAAACAGUUGUGCCUUUUUCCUCCUUUUGUUUGGUUUGGUUUCGGCUUGGGGCAGCCUUAGUUGGUGUGGGGCGUGUUGGGGGCUGCGGCUGGUCUGAGGCCUGGCGGGGCAGGAAGGGCAAGUGGGCGCCACGAGGGCCCAGUAUGGUGGGCUGUGUCUUGUCAGUGGCAGCUCGGGAGCGCUGCCAGCUUCCCUUGAUCCUGUGCCUUUGCAGUCCCAGGCCCCUGGUGUGCGGACGUGUGGGUGGGGGCCGCGGGAGCCCACUGGGGCUCUGGAGCUGCCAGCAUCUGGGUGACGUUGACCAAAGUGUGUCACCGGGGUUGCUCCUGGGCGGAUGUGUGGCCCUCUUCUGUUCUGCUGGCGUCUGUCUGUCCGUGUAGGAUCUGUGGGCAGGGUGGGUUGAAGUGUCUUCCCCAGUUGGAUGGCCCAGGGUGACCGUGUGGCUGCUGCCCCAGCAUGGUGGUGGCCAUAGGCACCCUCUGGGUGUGCCCUGUACUUGGGACAGGGCCUUUGCCUGACCCGUGUGUGGCUUGGCAGGCCUCUAAGAUCACUGGGGGAGCAGCUCUCCCAUCCUUCCCCUGGGCCGGACGCUGGGCACACUUGUGGGGGACGCCUGUCCCCGGCUGGCCACUUCCCUCCAGCCUGGGAGCUAACUCCUCCACAAACGUGCACCAAGAUGUGAAUUUUAUACAUUUAUAGAAAUUCUGAUGUUACCUACCUCUGUGAAGCAUCCGCCGGGCUUCUGCUCAGUGGUGUGUCUGGGCAGCUCUCUGCAUUGUCAGGCCCUGGGCCCUCUCCCUCUCCCUCUCCGUGCUGGCCUCCUGGGCCUCCCCCAGGGGCUCCUGCUGAGGCCCAGGGAAAGCCGGUCCCCAGGUGUGGCACCCAUGCUCAGGAGACAGGGCUCCCAGGACUUUUGGAAGCCUCUGUUUUUGGACGGGAAAGCAGGAGGUGGAGUGUUCCAGAAUGUCUCUGUUAGAUGAGCCUGGAACACAAACCUAGUGGGCAGCUUGGGGCAGUGGAUGCAGGAUAACUGAGAGCUCUAGCCCCUCCAGAUGGCCCAGCACCACCAGUGUCCCUGGGGCAGCUCGCACUGCCCAGGUGUGGGGUGUGCAGAGAGCUGGCCCCUGAGGGUGUGGCCACGCUGAGUUGUUUGCAGCUGCUGAGGCCAGCCAUGCGGAGGCUUGAUCCCCGUACUCAGUACUCACUACUCACGUCCAGCCCGGCCUCCCACUGCGCCCUUGGGUGGACGGAGCAGAGAGAUGGGCCAGCCUGCCUCAGGGAAGGGGGCGGCGGCCCUGGGAGUAGUCUUGAGCUGGGAGGCCCCACAGCUGGGCUGAGGCCACGAGGUCCUCGGGCAGCCCCCAUCCUGCCCUGGGCAGCCUUCCUCAGAGAAGGCCUUUCCAGGGACAGGCCGGGGGCUGCUCACAAGUCUUCCUCGGGAGUUGAGCAAGUGCUCGGGAGGCUCUCUGGGCCACAGGGAGUCAUGCCCGCAGUGUGAGUGCCUGCCCCCGCCCGCCCCUGCCCGGCCUAUGUGGCCUUGAGCCUAGGCCCUUGCUGGGCUGGGGCCAGGUCAGGAGCUGAGCUGCACCCAUGGAGCCACCCUCCUGUCCUUGUCCAGGGGACGGCUGGACAGUGGCCCCUGAGCCUCGGAAGCCCAGCAUCCCUCCCCAGGCAGGUGGACAGCACCGAUCUGUGUCUGUGUGAAGCUGCCUCGGUGACUGUUUCGGCCUCGGCCGCUGUUCCUGUGCCGGUGGGCCUUUAGCUGAGGCUCUCGGGGCUUGUGUUGCAGGCUGGGUAGGGGGCAGAUCCUGGAAUGUUUGCUUCUUGGUGCUGUGAGCAGGGCAGCCCAGGGCCUGGGGCGUUGGAGGAGGAGCCCCGACCUGCCGUUGUUGGAUGUAUUUUUUUUUAACAGCAAUAAUUAGCCAUUUUGAAGAAGGGGUGUGUCUCUGUGUGGGCAUGCACACACGUGCGUGCGUGCUGGUGCGCACGCACACGUGUGCACAUGCAUACGUGUACACACACACAUGCACACGUGCAUGCCUGUGCCUGUGUGUACAUGCACGUGUGUGCACACAUGUGUAAGUGUGUGGCGACAGGGAGGGAACCUCCUGUUUCAGCCGCAGGGGCUGGCGCUAAGCCCCCCGCCGAGACGCAGGGGCCCCGGCUCCGUGCUGUGCUUCCUUCUCCCAGGCCUGCCCCAGGGCCCAGCAAACCUUGAAUGUAGUGUUCCUUCCCCCCGGUGGAGGGCACUGGAUGGGCUUGUGUGAAGCGGGGGGUGGGUGGGGGGCCCGGAUGAGCCUUUGCCUGGGUCUCGGGGGUUGCAGGGAGGAUGGCAUGGGUGGACACUUAGCCAGACCAGCCAAGAUCAGAUUUAAUGACGUGGAGUCACCUUGGUCAGGCUGUUUGACCACAGCUGCUGUGGACGCCGUGUCUUUGGGUGAACAGAGCCCAGAUCAUGUCUUGGUGUCUGGGUUCCCUUCCUGUGGUUACUGUUGAUGACCCUGCAAUUGUGGCACCUGUCCUGAGGCCCCAGGAUGUGCCCCAACAGCCCCCGAGAGGGCCCAGAGGGACAGCGGAGACAGGCUGCAGGGCCAGGGGUGGGUGGGGGUCGCAGGCUUCCUGUGGGUGUGUGAGCAGCAAUGGGGGAGUGCUGUGGGCCCUCUGCCUGCACGGCCCCCAAUGCUGCUGUUUUUCAAUAAAACCAGAGUUGACGGAA